AUGAGUGGCAUUGAUGACGACAAUUUUAUUAUGGGAAGUGGACUAGAAACUAUGGAUGGAAACUUGGUAAGACUUCAGAAUCUAAUACCUACACUAAAAUGUGCAUAUUUGAAGACUAGUAGAUCUCGAUGUGGGGAGCAUUGUCCACAAAGCAUGGAUGUCCGAAUGGGUGGUUUCUCCAAAUUUAAGGAUUCAAAGAAGUGA